AUGAGCCCUAAUGAAUAUAACCUCCGCUUGAGGUGGGCGGAUGAGCUGGGAAUAGAGUUUCUCGGUCCGGUGGAGCGAGCUCGGUGGCCACAAACUCACGAGCGACUUUUCGCGGAUGUCCACAAGCUCGGCCGUCGGACAUACGAUAAUUUCGUUGAGAGUAUCUCAAUUGACUCUAUCGAGAAGCCCUGGAGAAAUUUAGUGAGACGCCGCGCUGACCGCCUGCGUAAACUGGCAGACUACGCUUGGGAAGAACGAAAAAAUGAAAGUAGCUGGAGGUUCGCUGUCGAGAACGAGAUAAUGCAUCGAUUCUCGGUCGAGGUUGCUUGCCCUAAAUGUCGUAACAGAUUGUGGGAGUCAGAGAUACCCGCUGCAACUGGCGGUGACCUCAUGCUGGUGGAGUCGCUCCAAACCCGACGCCAGAAGCGUAAGCCAUGCCGAUGUCCACCUACCUGGGGUCAAAACCAGUAUGAUAGCGGUAUCAAUAUGCUCUUCUCUGAUCGAGCAGAAGAGAAAAUCCGGCAUGAUCCCCCUUUACCUGUGACUUCACAGCCCGAAAAGAGGAAACAUUAUGAAAAGCCAGACCGAGUUUAUGGAUUAAAGCAAACUGAUAACUUCAAGCUGCUUCUGGACUCAGAUGACAAGCGCGGUGCCACGACUACAUCUAGUCUGUCGCUACGUGAAACCAUAGAAGUCAGUCCAUUUCAGCCAGAAGGUAAGCCGUUGCUUUACCCAUUUCUGAUCAUUGAAGCAAAGUCAAGUAAAGGAGCGGAUCGAGCGGAGGUCAACAUGCAGACAGCGUUUGUGAUUAGGCGCCUCCUAAAUGUGCAACUUGACCUUAAAUUAGCGACGGGAGAAGAAACUCAAUGGGAAUCAGGGCCACUUGUCUGGUUCUUAGCAUGGCGGGGUGAAAUUUGGGAUUUAUCUGCGGCCUUUGUGAUUGAAUCCGAGAAUACAUCAACGAGAUACCCUGUUGUUGAUUUGUGGAGUGGAAACAUUCGCUACCAAGAUGGGGCCUUGCAACUCCUUCUGAUCAUUGACUAUAUAUUUGAUUGGGCUCGCGAUAUUUACCGACCCGCAAUAUUAGCUGAACUGAACACCUUAUCUACGGGCGAUAUCACGGCCGGCGAUACGAACGUAUUUUCAACCAUCUCCCGGGCACGAAGUAUCUCGAGUUGGUUGAUUCAUGCUCAAGGUACACCAACACCAACGGUUUCAGCUUCAAUGACCAGUGUACACCAUAAUCUGGACUAUCUCAACAUUAGUUGUCCAGAAGGAGCUAUUCGGGAUGCGUCCAUUCUUGAGUCCCACUACCUCGCACUUCAACUCCUAGAGAGUGACGUUGACGACUUUUUGCUGUCCUUUGCAUCAAUUGAGGAGGCUCAGACCUGGCUUCAAGACAUGUUGAAAUGUCUUUCCAGCUCAUGGAGAGUUAGUGCGGAGACCCUGGGUAUUUUGGAGAAUAUUUGGACGACAGAGGCUCGAUUACCUCGGGAUGGAUCUCAACAUGAUGAAGUUUUCUAUGUUAGAAUCGCAGUUCACAUGUUUGUGUCUCACAAGUGGGAGCCUACUCGUCAACUCACAUGUCUUUGCAUCUCGGAAGGAGCUUUGCAGAAGCUUCUUCUAAGAAUGGAAUCCCUCCAAAAUCUUGAGAUGCAUCAAAAUCCAAUCGUCUCUACGGCAGCGAUUGAGGCUCUGCUUUGUCGCAUACUGAAUCAGUCGAUUAUGGACAAUUUGACGGCAGCGGUCUCUAUGCUGUGCAUUUCCAGUGGCUUCGAUAAGAGAGAUGGAGCUAUACCCAACCACUUGUUGGUGACUAGAUCUAAUGAGCUGCGCGUUGGAUUUCGCCAUGAUAAGUCGCCGUAUCUGAUCAACUUGGUAUCAUCCAUCUAUAAAAAUCACAGAAUUGGACAAAGACAGCCGCGCGACCCAUACAUUGCCUUCUCACAUCUUCAAAGCAAACAAAACAUCGUGUACAGAGGUGAUGAAAUCCAGAUGUGGCCCAGGCUACCGCCUCUCGUCCGUGAGGAGCGAUGGAAAUGUGUCAUGGUUGAUGGAAUAUCCGAGAACAAAGAGUUUCCGAAACGCGGUCUUUAUGUAUUCGAUAGUCCGCUAAAUCACCAGGACCUUCUUGAACUUCCGAGCACAUUAUGGAGGCAUGGUCUAUACUUUCGCACUAUGCAGGUCGUAACAGACAUAUGGGACGAGAGAUACUUCCGAUAUUUGAACAUCCCAAUUAAACUCAAGGGAGAGUGGAAUUCCAAAGCAGACUUCGAGGCGUUCAUUGAUUGGAAGCAGAGCUUGCAAAAGCAGCUAGGGAUGGAGCAACAAGCUGAUCGCCCAGGUGACAGUGCAUCAUUACCAAUGAUUAUCUGCUAG